CGCCAUUCUUGUCUUGCAGUGCUCUCUGCCACUUGUGGAAGGUGGCUUUGAGAAGAGCCAUUCCGGAUGACGUUUCGGUGCAUUCUGUUGCAACCGCUCGCCAAUCUUUAUGCCUCCAUACUCUGGAGGUCUUUCACAUCCGCAUCGUUAUCCUCUUCGUCAUCGAACUUUUCUUCGUCGUCUCCAUUGGCGCUGCUCUCCUCAUGCUGGUACUCAUUGGCGUCAUCUAUUGCCGCACCAGCAUCGGCGAAAGCCCCUGAGGGAGAUGCUAAUGGCAUGGGUCCAUUGUCCAAGCCUCCUUCAUUAUUCUCAACGGCGAUACUCCAUGUGAGUCUGCCUCUUCCUCAUCAUUUGUUCCAACCUAGAGGUUCUCGCUCUCUUCAUCUUCGGAGUUUUGUACCGUUUGAUUGCGUAUUCCAAAUCUCCGACCUUUACUUGGUGGAUAGUGGGCAUGGUCAGCGGAGUUUUAUAUGCGACGCGCGCGCCUGGUUGGAGAGGUAGGAGGGGACCUGCUAUUCGGACAGCUUAGGCUUCGUCGUUGUCUUCUUGCGCUUUAAGAUCAGUUACAUCUUCGCUGCUCCACUCCUGCUUGUGCUCGCUGGCCUCAUCUAUCGCUGCGCCAGUGUUGGUAAGGCCAAGUCAAGGUGUUGGUGGCGACACGUGGAAGUGGGCGAAAGAGAAUGAAGGAGGAGCGACACCAAGGGCGACAAGUGUAACUGCGCAGCCGACCGCUUCACCACCGAUGCCUCGUCUUCUUCUCCUGUGAGCCCGCCUCCACUUCAAUCCGCAGAUCACCUGC